AUGGCUCAGCACACUCCGAGCAGCGGGACCCCAGGACGCGACGUGGAGAUGGAGGUGGAGGGGGAGGAGGAGUCAAGGGGUCCGUCCGUCCAGCCGCUGGACAUCCCAGACCGGGAGGAGGAGGAGGAGGGGGAGAGCCAGGAGACCGGCCCGGAGAGAGGCAGGGGGUCCGGGGCAGAGGAAGAGGACUGGGACACGGAUCUAGAGAGCCAUGACGCCAGUGAAGACUUGGCGUUGCCCCCCAGGGAGCUCUACCUCCGGGCCUGUCGUCUGACCGGAGCUUCGCCCGUCUCCUGCUUCCUCCAUCACUCGGGCAAGGGACCCCUCGCCCUCAACCACCGUGGGCUGGGGCCACAGGGGGCCAAGGCCCUGGCCAUCGCUCUAGUGAGCAACGUGGACAUCACUCACGUGGAGAUGGAAGACAACUCGCUGGGGGCGGCGGGGACACGCUACAUCACAGACCUGCUCAGAACAAACUCCUGCAUCCAGAGUCUGGUAUAAUGGCUUGAGUCACAUUUUAACCUGUUAAGAAGAUUACCCGCUUUCCCAGCCUAUUGGCCUGUUUAUUAUCAUCUUAUUAUUAUUACCU